UCACGUGACUGCGACCAGUCGGCCAAGAUGGCUGCCUCCUGCGUGGCCGUGUUAGCGCUGUCCCUGUCGUUGCCGCUGCUGCUGCUGAUCGCGUGGAAGCGCUGGCGGCGGGAGCGCAUGGCCCGGCACGCGGUCGUCGUGGUGCUGGGCGACGUGGGUCGCAGCCCCCGAAUGCAGUAUCACGCGCUGUCCUUGGCCAAGUGUGGCUUCUCCGUGACCCUCCUGGGGUUCUGCAACUCCAAACCCCACGAUGAGCUCUUGCAGAGUGACAGAAUUCGGAUUGUACCUUUGACAGAACUUGAGAGACUUGCAGUUGGGCCGCACAUUCUUCAGUAUGGAGUCAAAGUUGUAUUUCAGGCAGUGCACUUGCUGUGGAAGUUGAUGUGCAGUGAGCCAGCAGCCUACAUCUUUCUCCAGAACCCCCCCGGCCUGCCUGCCAUUGCUGUCUGCUGGUUUGUGGCCUGCCUCUGUGGGACCAAGCUCGUCAUCGACUGGCACAACUAUGGCUACUCCAUUAUGGGUCUGGUACAUGGCCCCAGCCACUGCCUCGUUCUGCUGGCCAAGUGGUACGAAAAGCUUUGCGGACGCCUCUCCCACCUGAACCUGUGUGUGACCAGUGAGAUGCGGGAAGACCUGGCAGAGAACUGGGGCAUCAAAGCUGUGACUGUCUACGACAAGCCAGCAUCUUUCUUUAAAGAGACGCCCUUGGACCUGCAACACCGGCUCUUUAUGAAGCUGGGCCGCACCUACCCUGCACUCAGGGCCAGCUCAGAUCCCUUGGACCCCGCCACGGAGAGGUCGGCCUUCACGGAGCGGGAUGCUAACAGCGGGAUGGUGACACGUCUUCGUGGGCGGCCGGCCCUGUUGGUCAGCAGCACGAGCUGGACAGAGGAUGAAGACUUCUCCAUCUUCCUGGCAGCGUUAGAAAAGUUUGAACAGCUGAUCCUGAAUGGAGAAAGCUUGCCUUCUUUGGUCUGUGUGAUAACAGGCAAAGGGCCUCUGAAGGAGCAUUACAGCCACCUCAUUGGCCAGAAGCAUCUCCAGCACAUCCAGGUCUGUACCCCAUGGCUGGAGGCUGAGGAUUACCCCCUGCUUCUAGGGUCAGCGGACCUGGGCGUCUGCCUGCACAAGUCCUCCAGCGGCCUGGACCUGCCCAUGAAGGUGGUGGACAUGUUUGGAUGCUGCCUGCCUGUGUGUGCCGUGAACUUCCGGUGCUUACGUGAGCUUGUGAAACAUGAGGAAAACGGCCUGGUCUUUGAGGAUGCAGAGGAACUGGCUGCUCAGCUGCAGAUGCUUUUCUCAAAGUUUCCUGAUCCUGCUGGCAAACUGAACCAGUUCCGGAAGAAUCUUCGGGAGUCCAAGCAGCUUCGUUGGGACGAGAGCUGGAAGCAGACAGUUCUCCCUUUGCUUGUGGACACAUGACCCCUUGGGCCAAAGACUGAACCCUCCUGAGCAUGUCCUGGUGUUGGAUGUCACAAAGAGGAAGACCCUGAGGCUCAUGCAAACUCCGCCUUGCUCUCAUUGGCUUCCCACCAGAACCGUGCUCCCUGUCCCUCCUCCAGCCUCUUCCAGCUGCUUGUUCCCUGCGCAAACUGUGUAGAGCAGCGCCUCCCAGUGGAUGGCAGUUGAAAGGAUAGCAGCAGGUGCCAUGCAUGGGAUGAAAUUAUUCCCCCCCACCCCUUCCUUUAAACUUUAUUCAAACUUUUUUAAAACACUUCAUGACAGCCAGGUUUGCUGUCAUGAAUUAUGGCAGUUUCAUGACCACUUUGGUCAAUAAAAAGUCGUAUGGUCAUUUUCUAAGUUGCCAGACAGUCUCAAUUCAGGACAGAGAGGUGAGGGCAGCAAGAACGUUUUCAUUUAAUUGGCGCUGGUAUAGAUGGCUUCCCAUGCCUGGGGACACUCAGUUGCACCUCUGUGACGGGGGGAUGUGCUUUUCUCGUGCUGGCUGCUCCAGUUUUGGGAGGUCCAUUCUACACAGAAUCUGUUGGAAGCCUCAUUGCUUCCUGUUUUCUUUGAGAAUGAUUUAAAUACCUCCAGACAGCCAGGCUGUGGGCCUGUGCUCAGAGCGUUAGAUGCAUUGGGCUGUCACAGUCAACAACAUUAACACAUCAGAAACGGAGGAGAAAUCCCAAACCAAAGGGCCACAAGAAAUUCUCAGUAAGAUGGAGAAGGCUGUCUACCAAGUGAAGUGCUAGUUCCCGAUGUAUAUUGUCAGAGACCAUUUCAUUGCUCUUCCUGCUUUAUGAAGGGUAAAAGGGUUUGGGUGAUUGGAACCGUUAAGGGGAGAGGACCUGUAAUACGGAGAUCUUUACAGAGCACUGGAGUAUGAGUCCCACAUUUUCCUAAAGUAGGGAAAGGGGUGUCUGCCUCGCACCUCAAACUCCGGGAGGGAGCUUCCACAGCUCUACAUGUGAGGCUAACCACGUAGCAGGGGAUGUGGGACAUCUCAACAGCCAAGAGGCUUCCCACACACGCUGAGGAAGGAAUGAGUUCAUUCAGCUUGGAAUGAACUUAUUCUAAUGACUGGGAAUCUGUGGCCCAGGAAACUAGUCCAGCCUUGAGUCACUUCUCUCUCUCUCUCCUUUCUUCCCUCUAGUUUAUUACUUUCCUGUUAAUUGCCUGUGGUCUAUUCAACAUCUCUUUGUCCCUGUUUUUGUCUCCUGGUGUCUGCCUCUCUCAGCAUCUGUUCUGUCAAGUCCCUAAUGUUUUGAUUCCUGCCUUGACAUGGGCACCGCGGCCCCCACACUGUGAGCAGAGAUGUGCCAUGUGUACUGUAGGAUGUGUGUCCAGAAUGGAGGAAAACAUACUUGAUAUAUAUGUUUUUACCUGCACAAGUGGAAUGCUUAUCUCUGAGCCAAAAUUUUCAUUUCUGAUUUAUGGUGAUUUGCUUACAACCAGAACUGCUGACAGAAAGGGGUACCCCCACACUUGAACGGUUAUAUUUCAUUAGAACAAAGUUGGUGGUUCCUGAUUCAGAAUUGAACACUCUUCAAACAUUUAAGUCCAGGGAAAGUUUUAUCAGCUUUCCCACAUAAAAAUUCUUUCCCAAGUGAUUUAAUUUUCAUGGUAAUUUCCCCAAACAUCUGCAAACCUACAGCAUUAGUUUCAGAAUUUCCAUCUCCGAGUGCUCUUCGUAGGGAAAUAGCUUCUGGUUGUGGCGAGGCGCUGCUUCCCAUGAGAUCCCAGCCUUCCCUGGAAACAGAACAUAUGUGUCUCAGGAUGGUGGGGUCUGGGGACAGGAUGUCGCCUGUCAGUGCAGGGCUGCCGGACGGGCCUGGGGGUGGAGAGUGGGGGAGGGUACAGAUUUUCAAGCCCCAUCCAGACAUCUAGAGUCAGCCUCUGGGAGCAGGACCAGGAAUCGUGUUUUUGAACACUUCAUGACAGCCAGGUUUGCUGUCUCUGCCCAUCGGCCAUGCCCAUCCCCAGAAGGUCAUGGCCUGCCUGGGUUCCCUGUAGCUCUGCACCUGUCCUACACCUCAUCGGGUGCAGCCAAGACCUGAACCCGCUCUGCCUGACUGGUCAGCACGUGCCUCCUCACAAAGGCUGGACACGAAUCUGAAGGGGCAGCCGCCCUCUUCAUGAGCACAGAUGUCUGAAGAGCCAUUGGUGAGGUUCAUUUUGUAAGUUUUAUUUUGAAUGAAAAAUUAAUAUUUAAAAAGGAAAUGAAAGGAAAGAAAAGCAUGGAAGCAUCUAUGAUCCUGCUGUCCAAGCAUAACAACUGUUAACUAUUCCAGAUUUCCCCCACGUGAAUAGUAAUAUAAAGGUGAUUAUUUUUUAAAAUAAAAAUUGGCUUAUGCUAUUUAUGCUUUUUGGUA